GUUUCCCUCUCGGCUGGAACCCCUUACGGUAUUCCAAACCUUACGGCACCGAGGUGGAUGAUCCAGUAUGCUAUCAUACAAUACGGCAGCCUCUGCUUCCUUGCUAAUGCCCUGACCUCAUCAUGGUGUAACCCUAACCCUCUAGAAUUUGAGGAUCCCUGUGCCGGCUUGAAACCUCGGUGCAGGAGGUAUGAUGUAUUGCACUACUGUAUUUGUUUCCAGCGUACUGUACUCGAGUACUUGCUCGUACCUGCUUCGGGGAUUGAUAGGGAAUUGCUGGGUAGGUAUCAAGGUAUCGGACCGUUUAAAGAUCCGCAGGCGCUUAGUCUAUGGUGGGGUGGCUCGGUAUGGCACUGACAAAUGUGAUGCAUCCGAUGCAUAUCUGCACGUUUCGAAACCUCUUCCUCCUGCUCUCCCCGCCCUUCGUUUCCUUGCGCUUUCUGAUGCAGUGCAGUAUCAGACACUCGUUGCUGGCUUCGGAACCAAUCCUAUCGGAUCAUCCUCUGGCUCUGGCGGCGUGUCUUCAGCAAAGCCAUUGAUUGGGAAUUCUCCCAUAAGGCAGCAGCUCUGCACGGCCUGUUGAAGCUUUGUUUAUCUACCGUACCAGUACCCUAUCAUACGAACCAAGCGUUCAACACAUUCAUGCUAUCAUACCGUAGCCGACUUUGUGCGGCUUGGCUUGGCGAACUCUUCUCAUGCUGGACUGGUGUGAUGGUUGGUUUCAGGUUUACAUGGUUGCGGAACGGAGAUGCCUCGGCCCUCAGCGUGCUUCUGAUUUCAAUCGCAGAUGACUGGAGAUGGAUCGCUGAUGAUCUCGUUGUGGGCCUACUCCUCAAACCAUCAUACCGUACUGGUGGUGUGUAGUCCUCCAGUUUCCCUCCCAUCUCUUCUUGAGAAUGCGUCCUCUUUCAUUCGUUGGUUUCAUCCCGAAUGAGGACGAGGCUAUGCUUAUUUAUUGUAUUCGAGUAUUGGUGUUCCAUUCCCCUGACGCGGUGACGGGAAAGGGGAGAGAGGAGGCCUGUCGCCACCGCCAACACUGCGAUACCCCGGGUCUCUGGAUGAAACGUCCUUAUCGAUAGUGAUCCCUGGUUCUCUACCUUGUAGCCAGUUGACGCCGUGAGUUGAAGCGCCUACGGGAGUGUUUUCAGUGGUGGGCACCCAGGUUCCUCCUCUUUGUCGUACUUAGUAGGUUACGGCAGUUGGCUUUCUCGGAAUUGGGGGAGAAUGAGAAAUAGGAACAAUCCCUCGGAUCCACCUUCGGUCCUAGCUGUUUCAAAACCUUUACUUAGAACAAAAAAGAAAAAAGGAGGAAAAAGAAGAAAAAGAGGUGUCUGGAUAGUCUAGAGUCUGGACUGCGCUCGUACAUGAGUGGUCUACCGGCCACGAUUGCUGAAAUGCAGGCACUGGUCAGGAAAUAGGAUCAGCGGUGCUUCGGAAAAAUAGUGGUGCAACGAUAAGGUAAGGUUUCGAAACAACGUCUGAUUCGCCAAUCUGCUCGCGAUACUUAUUUCGGGGGUUGUGCGGGUGACGGCCAAAACAAUCUGUCGGACAAUAAGCUCGGAGCCAUUCAUCGUCGAAAGCUGAGGAUCUAACAGGGCUGGCCUUCCUUAAGUAGGUAUAUUUGACCUCUGUAUAGAUCCACCCAUUUUUUUCUUUUUCUUUUUUAAUUCCUUCCCUUUCCGAGGCGCAGUUAGCUACUUGUACCAUCCUCGAGACCCAUGAAUCCAUGAUAUUCCUUCCCGCUAGUUCCCUCCUUUCCUUUUUCUUUCCCUUUUCUCUCUUAUAUAUCUACUCGCACCCUGGUUGUCUUUUUUUCCCGCCUCACUACUGCCUCUAACUGUUCGGGACUGCUGUUCUCGUUCGUUACUUUUCCCUUUGUCGUUUCCGUUUCUCCUUCACCACCCGCAAUAGCACGGGCUUUCCUCUGGGAGGACUUGGAUCUGGAAUUCAUUCAUUCAUUUCAUUUCAUUUUCCUGUUGUCAUUUUCAUUUUUUUUCUUUUUUCAACUUUAUAACCACUUCUCGUCUUGACGCUUCUCUACGGAAAGGCUUGGUGGUAUGGCGCUACCGGUGGGGUGGGACUCAAUGGGCGAACUGUAUGGAGCUCUUUUUGCAGAUUCGGUUCUUCGGGCUAACUGUGGUGGGCACAGUGAUCUAGAUUACAUGACAUGGAGUCUACCGAGGAGCGAGCAAGGCGGAUGUCGAGGAAGGGAAACAAGGGUUAAGAUCGCACCGGAAGAAUUAUUCACUCCGGGUGCAAUUUUUGUGAGGCCGAUGGGGGGUUCAGAGGGUGCGUGGGGUGAGUUGUUCAAGCCAUGGCAAAUUAUGGGGAAAGGUUGCUGGCCUGCUAACAACGGUGGCAGGGAAGAAACGUUGCGCAAAUUUCCGAAGUGGGUUGGCUCAGCGGAGAAUUUACCAUCUUGAGUGGCAAGUGUUGAUCUUUGGGUUCAGGCACAAUAUCGACCAGAUGCGUACGGGAUAUGAAGAGGGAGUACUCUUGGAAGAUCUACGAUGUCUGUUGUAAUCCCGAGACUGGAGCCGAUGCUCAUUACGUUCGGAUUAAAUUCUCGGAUGAAGGUAUUUACCCCCGCCUACCUCGGUCCAACAAGACAGCCCCGGGGUCUAAUAAUGUGCAGCGAAGGAUGUUCACUUCGCAUCAUACGUUGCUGCUCUCAAUGGUGUUGCGGCAAAGCGUUUUCUUCAGGGCCCGAGGGAGGACCGCGCCAGACCCUUUGGUAUUGGUUUCGACAGCGGUGUGGCGUCAAAGGAGCGCCUGUAUCUCAUUUCUAAUUGCUCGUAAGCCUCCUCGCCCGGAUGAAGAAGGGGUGGGAAUCUAAGACGGCCUAGGAAGCAAACCCCAUACCUUCGCCGGGUAUCCGUGAAAUUCGAGGUUAAUCUGGACGGCUCAUGGAAACGGUUAGAUGAAGACGUUGACCGAAUUGGCUUCGCUACAUACAAGUCAGCACCGAAGUCGGCUAUCUGGGCAUCCAGUUCUCCCGAGACCAUCCCCUUUAAGGAUGACCCCUUUUUAAGGUUCGCUAGGGUAACCUUGCGGUUCGGACAACGGAAGGAAAGGACUAUCCUGGACAUGGGUAUUGCUCACCGCCUUCGAGUCCUUUCUCGGUUGCUUACGCUCAACAGGGAAAAACUUCAGUCCGGUAUUCUCGUCCUAUAAACACUCUGCAUCCAUAACGCUCUCAAAUGUGCGAGUGAGGACCUGUGAUGGCGAUCAAUCAACGAGACCAAUUCAGACUAAAGUGCGACUGGUAUUUACGGACAAGGGGAGGAAUCGGGGUAGCUUCCUGCGAUCACAGACCAGGAGCACGGCGGUGGUCGAGGCAGAGAAGGCGCUGUUACUGUUUAAGAAAUCGGUAGAGUUGUCGGGGGAUAAUACGUUGGCACUGGAGGAUGAUCUUGAAGAUGAUGCCAUAUUUGAAAUGAAUAUCGCGGAUGUUGUGAGCAAGGAAUUUUCGGUACGGCUGAAGGGGGAUAUCACAUCUGAAAAGAAGAAUAUCAAAGGGCUGUUCAAGGGGUCCAAGCUGUUGUUGGUACCUUUUUUCCCGUCCAACGGGGUGCACCUGGUUCUGCAGAGCAUGGAUGGCGAAUAUGUUUUGCGCCAAUACAGUAGGGUACUCCCCCCACGGAAGCACCACCUUGUCCUAACCUUGUCCCCACAGUCCCAAGUCCCAUCCAAUUCAUAAGUUCUAUCACGGCAAACUCAUUCACCGGCCCAAGCAUCAGCAUGUUACGUUGGAUAGGAGAGAAUGUGGAACGAGAAGGGAACGGUGAGAUAACCUACGUGUUUGAGAAUGGGGAAAUCGGUAAGCCCGGGGACAUGUCUCUGUUCUUCCGUUCAACCAGCUAAGCUUUUCCCCAAGACGCAGCAAACAUCGUCGAGAAAGUGGUCUCCAUAAUGGAGAAGCUCCACAACUACCAAACAACCCCACCGACUACCGCCCGUUCACCCCGAUCUUCCCCGCGCUUCCCACAGGGACAAAGCCGUCAAUUGUUGACUCCUCCGCAAUCACCGCCGCGCAGGUUAUCCACCUUCCAGCACCAGCGAAAUAGAGUCUCGGAAUGGGCUAGUCUCCAGUCAGUCCAUAGCUCCUCCGAGGACCUUUCUACAAUUGACGAGGCGUCGUCUGGAGAAUACGUGAUGGCCCCGGCACCUGCUCCGCUACAGGUUCCUUCAUACAGGCCCACCCGUACUGGGGAUGCAUACCCCACAUUACAGCACCAACUUCUGCGAGCCUCUACCCCCCGCUCGGUGGCGUAUACCGAGUCAAUAUACAGCGCUCGCUCAGCAACGCUCAAACUCGCGCUUCAAAGGAUGGAAGAGUCAGGAGCGCGAACCUCGUUGCCGGUUAUGGAGAGGAUGUCUUGAUCAAUUUGUCCAUAAUUUUGUCUGACAUGCCCCGUCGAGUAGCUUCAUGUAUAAUAUCGAUUUGGGACUAUUGCCUCCAACACCACCGACGUAGUUUUUCAUUUCCUUUGUCUAGUAUUCUCUGUAUAUCUCGGGUCCGGCGCGUGCGGCGGGGAUGAUCUGUGCACUUUGUUUUUUUAUUAUUCUAAACUGGGCACCGGUGCAGGCUGGAAUUCUUGUAUCAUAUUGCAUUAUCCGGUUGAAAUGGCGGGGACUGUUUAUGGCCGGCCAGUCAUUUCAUCCUUGAAUUUAUAAAUUCGGGUUUUGUCCGAGUGUGU